UUCGCCGCGCGGCCACGUCGGAUGCAACGCCGGCGCUCCCGGAGUCUCACCGACGUUUUGCAUCGCCUGGCCUGAAUACUUGGCCCGUGUUCGGCAGUGAAGUGCUGCCAUUUCACAGUGCCACGGUCGACGACACCGCCGGCUGCAAAGUAGACCUGUUCAGUGAUUCUUCUCUCUUCGUGACGUGUGCGGCAACUGCAAUCAGCAUCAUGCUAGCUUCGCACCUGGUGAGCCGGUUCACGGUCUGGGAUUACGUGGUGUUCGGCGGCAUGCUGUGCGUGUCGGCGUCCAUUGGAAUAUACUACGCCGUGAUGGGCGUCCGCAGAAAGGCCACCACCGACGACUUCCUGAUGGGCGGCCGCAGCAUGAGCGUCUUUCCCGUGGCGCUCUCCAUCCUGGCCAGCUUCAUGUCGGCCAUCACGCUGCUCGGCACGGCCUCCGAGAUGUACAUCUACGGCACGCAGUACCUGCUAAUUAUAUUCUCCUACUGCCUCGUCAUCCCGGCCACGGCGUACUUGUACAUGCCCGUCUUUUACCGCCUGCACGUCACCAGCGCCUACGAGUACCUGGAGCUUCGCUUCAACCACGUUAUUCGAGCCAUGGGAUGCGUCACGUUCUCCUUACAAAUGCUCAUCUAUAUGGCGAUUGUCCUUUACGCACCCGCACUUGCCCUUUCUCAAGUGACGGGAAUCAGCGUAUGGACUUCGGUGCUUUCCAUAGGCAUUGUCUGCACCUUCUACACAAGCAUCGGAGGAAUGAAAGCGGUCGUGUGGACGGACGUGUUCCAAAUAUGCCUCAUGUUCGGCUCGAUGCUGAUGAUUGCCAUCCGCGGUGCGUACGACAUCGGCGGCAUGAAGGUGGUCUACAACAGGGCCUACGACGGAAGCCGAAUAGAAUUCUUCAACUUCAGCUUUGACCCGACUGAGCGGCACACCGUGUGGGGCCUCAUCAUCGGCUGCUUCUUCACUUGGAUGUCGGUGUACGCAGUCAGCCAAGCGAUGGUCCAGCGAUACCUGACCGUUUCCACCGUAAAGGGUGCGCGAAUAGCCAUCUGGAUCAAUCUUCCUGGCCUGGCGUUUUUGAUGGUGAUCUGCGCUCUGGCCGGCCUAGUUAUGUACGCCAGGUACCAAGAUUGUGACCCGCUGUUGACGAAGAAAGCGACAGCUCCUGACCAGUUACUUCCUCUCUACGUAAUGGACAUCCUCGGAAGCCUGCAUGGGAUUCCGGGCCUUUUCGUUUCCGGCAUAUUCAGCGGCGCUCUGAGCACGGUUUCGUCUGGUGUAAACUCUCUUGCUGCCGUCACACUAGAAGAUAUCAUCAAGAGGUACAUCAAGAAAGACAUGAGUGACCGCUACGCUACGAAUCUCACGAAGAUGAUUGCCAUGUCGUACGGACUGGUCGCCAUUGCUCUCGUCUACGGAGCCCAAAUGAUGGGCAACGUUCUCCAAGCUGCCCUGGCCAUCUUCGGAAUUGUCGGUGGACCGCUCCUGGGUGUUUUCACGCUGGGCAUCUUCUUCCCCUGCGCCAACAGCAUUGGCGCCGGCGUAGGCACCAUCACCUCCUUGGUCAUCUGUUUCUGGAUCGGCUUCGGCGCUUUCGCCGUCAAACCAGCGGUACACAAGGCGCCCGUAUCGGUGCUCGGAUGCAUCGGCGACUACUUGAACGCCACGGGACAGGACAUUAACAACAUCACCUACCCAAGGCCUGUCGACGUUGCUGCCGUCAAUAAAGACAUACUCGUCAUUUAUCGAAUAUCGUACGUCUGGUACAGCAUGAUCGGGUGUGUCUUAGUUGUCGUCGUUGGGCUCAUCGUCAGUUUGUUGACAGGAUACACUCGGCCGAGCAAGGUGAAUCCGCGGACAAUCCACCCCAUCUACAACUUCCUCUGCGGAGUGAUGCUGCCGUCCUCCCUCCACGACAAAUUCAUGGUGAAAAGCGCGGGCGAGUACGAUGUCGAGCACAUGAUCGAACUGGGAAGAUCGAAGAACGCUUAUACCGGGGGAAAGGACAAUCCGGGCUUCGCCUCCAGUGACGAGAAACCCCGAAUCAACGGUCUCGUGGCAUCAGCCGACUCCUCCAAGGCAACCGUCAACGGCGUCGCUGUGAACGGCAGCAUCGUUCAUCGACGCUCCACGCCAGGCAUCGUCGCUUCAAACCCGGAAAUGAUCGCCUUUCGCCCGAUCACGAACGAGCACGCGCCACCUACAGAAACGGAAGUCGCUAAUACCUAUUCGAGCGACGAGUCGGCGAGGACUUGCGCAAAAUCUGCGCCUCCUGCCCUCGACCGGCAGGCAGCUGGAGCUCCGGCCACGACCAGUGACGAGGACGUCAGAAAGCGCAUAAAUGCAGACUCCGCGGGACUUUCUAGCGUGAAAGGCGAAUCCGACGACCACGACAAGACGCAGAUGACUACGAGUAAAGAGCAUAGAUCCGUGGAUUCGCCACCGUCCCACAGCGUCCACAGGUCGCGGCGCUCGGGGUCUUCUAGGAGGGAGAAGCAUCACCGGACGAGGCAUCAUUCCUCGUCACCGCACUCCAGGCGCAGACCUUCGUCGCCGAAGCGUGAACCAGCUCGCGAUGAGUCAGCGACCGAAUUCUGA